AUGAGAACCCUCGAUGAAGCCCAGACGCGAUGGGCCGAGACAUUAAAGAAUGCCAGGAGUUUCUCCGAGUUGCAGAAUGCAGUCAGAUACAACGGGCCUUCGAGCCCAUGCCUCACAGGCUGCAGGUCGGUGUGUUGGAAGGCCUUUCUGCUCCUACAAGACGUCGACCCCGCAGACUGGCUUCAUGGGGUCUCCGAGCUGCGCAGCUACUACUCUCAACGCCGGGAUCAUUUCUUAAAGUUCAUCGAGCACCCGGAGGAGCUGGCCAAGGUAGCCAUUGACCCGCUGACCGACGACCCAAAGUCGCCGUGGAACACUGUCCGUCAAGACGAGAUCAUCAGGGCGGAAAUCGCGCAGGAUGUUCGCCGCCUGCCGGAUGAGCCCUUCUACCACCAAGACCGGACGCAGACAUUGAUCAUUGACGCGCUGUUUGUCUACUGCAAGUUGCAUCCCAACAGCGGCGGAUAUCGCCAGGGUAUGCACGAGAUUCUAGCGCCGAUAGCAUACGUGGUCAGUCAAGAUGCGCUUGAUCGUGAAACCAUCGCGUCCAGCGGACAGCCGGCUGAUGAAGCGAUGGUCGGUAUGCUCGACUCGUCCUUCAUCGAACACGACACAUUUGCGUUGUUUUCCAAGAUCAUGGAGAAGGCCAUGUCGUUUUACGAAGUCAAGGACUCCGUUUCAAAGGCGGCCUUGGCAUCCGUGUCCAAGGAUCGUGUGGAAACGUCGGCCAUUGUCGAGAAGAGCAAGUUCAUCCACGAGGUGUGCUUGGCCAAGGUUGACCCAGAGUUGGCCAACCACCUAAAAGAUAUUGAGAUCCUGCCGCAGAUUUUCUUGAUCCGAUGGAUCCGCCUUCUUUUCGGCCGCGAGUUUCCGUUCGACGAGCUCCUCGUCUUUUGGGAUACCCUUUUUGCCGUCGACCCGUCCCUAAGCUUGAUAGACCUUAUUUGCGUUGCUAUGCUUCUUAGGAUUCGUUGGAGUUUGCUCGAGGCAGACUACUCCGUUUGCUUGCAAUUGCUACUCAAGUAUCCCGCACCAGAUGCCCCUCAUGGACCUCACACGUUUGUAGACGACGCCAUGUACCUGAGAACGCAUCUUAGUGUCUCGGGGGGUGUCUCGCUCCUGUUGAAAUAUACGGGGAAGAUGCCCAGCACAACACAGUCUGCAGCUAGUUCGCGGCCCACGACGCCAAUGAGCCAGGCAUUUUCUUUCAAGAACCGAACCAGAGGCAACCAAUCGCCGAUUCCCUCGGCAAGCAGGUUCAUCCAGCAGCAGGGUGGAGUGGAAGCUCUAUUCCAGGGCGCCGCAAAAAGCAUGCUUGAGCGAGGUGAGAAGCUCGGCAUCAACCAAGCCGUACGCGAUGCCAUGGGUGACAUCAGAAAGAACAUGCAGAGCUUGAACGAGGUACGCUAUACACCUCGCACAGCAAGACAACUGCUGGGAGACGACUCGGCGACCCAGGCCAUUGCCGCGCUGGAGCAACGGAACAAGCUCCUGGCGAACAUGCUGGACGAGACGGUCACGAGUCUUAGGUCUUUGGGCACAUCCAACCUUGAUGACAAGGUUAAGACCCUGGAGCUCGUCGAGGUGGCUGCCGCCAAGAUCCAGUUCGUCAAGGUUUACCUGGAAGACCCAACGAUCGAGGUCCCGGAUUUGGAGGGCUUCACCAGCCCGCCACCUGAAGAAGCUAAAGAAAACUCAAUGGACGUCGACCCAGACGGCAAGGCCGCCUUGGAGGCCGCUGCUUCCGCCGAAAAUGUGGCAGGCGCCAUAUCCACGCUGUCCCUGGCAGGCCAAGGGAAAGACAUAGCGUCGUCAGCUUCGACAUCUCUCCCCGAGCUGAUGGAUACCACACAAGAUGCACCUGCAGACAAACCUGCCGAGCAUCCUUCAGUGAAAACAUCAAGCCCAAAGUUGGGUACCCCUCCGAGGAAGCCGAAGGAACGACCUCAGCCGCCGAUUCCAACGCGAUCAACCCUUGCCCAGUCAUCCUUCUCGUGGAUGCUUGAGCCGGACCAGUCCGCACAAUCCGCGUCGCCACCGCAGAUGCCAAAGUCGAGCUCCGGAGGCGCACACCGGAAGAAACCCUCGGGAAACAUCAGCAGAGAGCGGAACGCCUUUCUCUUUGGCGAGGUUGUCGCCGAUUCCGACGAUGACACCAAGCCGAUCAAGUCCGAUGACAUCUUUGGGCUGCAGCCCAUGGAGAAGCACAAGUCUCCAUUUGCAUAA